AUGUCGAUUGCUGGUCUCUGUCAGAUUUUCAGUCUCAAGGAACCGGAAAGAAAUUAUGCUCUAGCAUUUUGCCGUAAGAAUCUUGAGAUUCUCAAGCAGUGUCUAGCAGUUCUCGGAGUGGACGAAAUGAUAGGAAAACAACAGAAAAAAAACUCGUCAGAAGGAGGAAGAUGCAAGACAAUUAGCACAGAGGAAAGAAGCUACCAAGAAAAAAAUGAUUAUGGUUGCAUACUUGUCUGCACAAAGAGUGAGUAG